AUGGCCCCUGCGGUGUCACUGGCCGUCCUGGCACUGGUGGCCCUCCUGGCUCCAGGGCUUGGUGUGGCCUUGCCUGGCUGUGACUACCCAGCCCACCUGUGGUGCAGCUCCUGGGAGAUCGCCGUCGCCUGCCAGGUUGAGAGCCACUGUGCCAACCUCUUGCGCCCGGCAGCCCCCCCGGUGGAGCUGACCCUGUUCUAUGAGAGCCUGUGCCCAGCGUGCCGUUGGUUCCUGGUCCAGCAGCUCUUCACCACCUGGCUACUGCUGCCUGCUGAGGCCCUGAGCAUCACCCUGGUGCCCUAUGGCAAUGCCGAGGAGAGGAACGUGAGUGGGAAGUGGCAGUUCCAGUGCCAGCAUGGCCCAGAGGAAUGCUUGGGCAACAUGAUUGAGACCUGCCUGAUGCAUGAGGCGAAGAACUUCAGCAGCUACUUCCCUGUCAUCUUCUGCUUGGAGUCAGGCAGCUCCGUCACCAAGAACCUGGAGGCCUGCCUACAGGUCUAUGCCCCUCAGCUGGACAGCGGCCGCAUCGCCGCCUGCGUGCAGGGGGACACAGGGGCGGCCCUGAUGCACCACAACGCCCAACUGACACAGGCGCUCGACCCCCCACACCAAUAUGUGCCCUGGGUCGUCAUCAAUGGGAAGCACACGGAUGAACUGCAGGAGCAGGCCCAGGCUUCACUGCUGGGGCUGAUCUGUCGCCUCUACCAGGGAGAGAAACCCGAAGCCUGUGGGGCUUCGGGGGCCCCAAAGGCUCCGUUUCACUGCAGACACUGAGGGACGG